AUGACGACUGCCGACGCCAUAGAACCAGUGGUGUUCCAGCUGGGAGUUCUGCAAAUCCCGGACACGACGCAGCGAAUUUUUGGCAUUGUAGCCGCAGCUGUUGCCGUUGCGCUCUACGCUCUAUAUCAAUAUUUCCUCCCUAAGCCCAUUGCGGGAAUCCCCUACAACCCGGCCGCCACUCAGUCCAUGCUCGGUGACAUCCCAGCGAUGCUUAAGGAGUCCAACGGGAGUCCUCUGCGGUGGAUGGCCAAGCAGGCCCAGCGCCAUUCCAGUCCCCUUUUCCAACUCUUCAUCACGCCCUUCUCCAAACCUAUCGUCGUUGUUACCGACUUCCGCGAGGCCCAAGAUAUACUUAUGCGCCGCAAAGAGUUCGACCGCUCCGACUUCUCUAUCGCUUUGCUGGGCGGCGAGUCCCCCAACUUCCAUAUCAACCUGAAGUCGGGACAAGAAUGGAAGAGCCACCGGCGGCUUCUACAGGACUUGAUGACUCCACGCUUCCUCUCUGGGGUUGCCGCACCCAACAUCUACCAGAGCGCGACUAAGCUCAUCGACUUGUGGAAGCAAAAGGCUCGCGUCGCCGACGGACGACCAUUCAGCGCCGAGAAGGAUAUAUAUUACGCCGCGCUCGAUGCCGUUUUGGACUUCGGAUUCGGUGAUAGCUACCCCCAUCGGGCUCUACCUCCCCAGAUCGAGUUGCUUAAGGCGGCGGAAGAGCAGACGGUGCAGCAGUCCCGUGACCUGGCCGCCCCAGGGACUCCGGUUGACUUCCCUGUUGCCCGACCGCACGAGUCCAUCGAAGCUACCUUGGCCAUUGGCGACCUCGUUCAGGAUGUCGCAGAUUCGGGCUUCAUCAAACUUGCUUGGUGGUUGAAAGGUUUCCAGCCGCAUGAGAGGAAGCUCAAAAACAUGAGGACUGAGUUUCUUCGAGAGCAGGCAUCCCACGCUGUGGAAAAGCUCCUGAAGGAAUCCGACGAAGAGAAUGAAUCAUGGGUCAAGUGCGCCGUGGAUCUCAUCGUUCAGCGCGAGCGCUCCUUCGCCAAAAAGGAAGGUCGUGAGCCAGUAUACUGGUCCUUGACCAUGAAGGAUGAACUUCUCGGCUUCGUCGUUGCCGGUCACGAUACUACCAGCACUACUGUCUGCUGGGGCGUCAAGUUUCUGGCCGACAAUCCGCGAACACAGACGAGGCUCCGACAGGAUCUAUGGGACGCCCACGCCGAAGCCCUCGUUGAGAAGCGUGCGCCUACGCAUGAUGAAAUCACAAAAGCCAAGAUUCCGUAUCUCGAUGCUGUCAUUGAAGAAAUCUUGCGGCUUGGUCACACCGUCCCAGUCGUAGAUCGACAGUGCACCCAGGAUACCGUGAUUCUCGGCCACCAUAUCCCAGAGGGUACGCAUGUGUUCAUGCCGAACUUUGGCCCGAGCUUUACCUCGCCACCGACUGAGAUUGACGAGGCACUGCGAGGCGAGACGUCUCAGCUGGCGGCGAAGGAGCGUGGCAUCAGAUCAUGGCCUGUGAACGACAUGGAGGUCUUUCGCCCGGAGAGGUGGCUGAUGCAGGACGAGCAGACAGGCAAUGAGGUUUACAAUGCUACCGCGGGCCCAACCAUUCCGUUCGGUCUGGGCACCAGGGGCUGCUUCGGACGGAAGUUGGCGUAUCUGGAGUUGAGGCUGUUGAUAAGCUUGAUCAUCUGGAACUUUGAGCUGCAGCCCUGCAGUAAAGAGCUGUCAUCGUACGAGCCCAUCGAGGGUAUUACGAGCAAGGCAAAGCAAUGUUACGUCAAAUUGGCCGGGGUAACUGUUUGA